GUUAUCUUCCAGAAGCCCAACAUCAUGCUGCGUCUGGGAGUGUUCGGCCGCCGCCAGGUCCGAGCGUCGACGUCGACUGCAUGGAAAAUGUCUUUCUUGAGCUCCUCCUCUCGAGAAUUCAGCGCCGCAGUGAACGAUAACACUGGGGCGUUUUCGCAUUACGUCCACAACAAGGAAAUGGCCGAAAAAUCACCAAGUGGCAUCCUCAAACCAGAUCUGGCAACAUUCAAACGGCUGCCCAGCUUGGACGAGCCGAUUCCAGGGCUGCCCGUGCUGAAACCGGCAAGCCAAUUACAAGCACCACGAACUGAGACGACGGUGUUGCCAAAUGGACUUCGCGUGAUUUCACAAGAAACGUACGGCCAGGCGUCGACGGUAGGUCUGUUUGUGGACGCAGGGAGUCGCUUCGAAGAUGAUUCGAACACGGGAAUCACGCACAUGAUGGAGCACCUCGGGUUUAAAAGUUCACACUCCAGGAGCCAUGCCGACCUUGUUCGGGAAUUUGAAGACAUUGGCGCCCAGACGACGUCGUCCAGCGGCCGCGAGCAGCUCAUCUACACGGUGGACGUGCUUCGUGACAAUGUCGAUCGGGCGCUGGAGCUGCUCGCGGACGCGUUUGUGAACCCAGCGAUCCUCGAAGACGAAGUCGAAAUGACCAAAGUCAUUAUGAAAAUCCAGUCUGAGGACCUAAAGGAGAACCCGCAGAUGUUCCUGCAAGAGCGCAUCCACAAGGCUGCCUACGGCGAGCAACACACUCUGGGGCGACCGCUCCAGUGCCCGCUGGAGAAUGUCGACGCGCUGAACCGAGACACGGUCGUGGCGUACAUGAACAAGUUUUUCGUCGCUCCGCGCAUUGUGCUGGCAGGGUCUGGCAUCGAGCAUGCCGUGCUCGUGGAAAUGGCCAAGAAGUACUUUGGCGCGCUCAAGGGACCCGAGGUCCCAGAGAAAGUGGCUGUCGAGCCAGCCGUGUACCGAGGUGGCCUCGAGGCGAUUGAGAACGUCGACGCACCGUUCUCGUACGCGUCGCUCGCGUUUCCGACGGGAGGAUGGCAUCAUGCAGAUUUAGUGCCAGUGUGUGUGCUGCAGACGCUGCUCGGCGGCGGCGACUCGUUCUCGGCAGGUGGCCCUGGCAAAGGCAUGUAUUCCCGAUUGUACACGCACGUGCUGAAUCGAUACUACUGGGUCGAGUCGGCGCAAGCGUUCUCGUCGCUUCACAACGACACAGGGUUGCUUGGAAUCUAUGGCGCGUGCAUGCCGGAGGCGACCGGUCAGUUGGUCGGCCUCCUCGUCAACCAACUGCUCUCGAUUGCAUUGCAUGGUGUGGACGCGACCGAGUUGUCUCGCGCCAAGAACCAGCUCAAGUCGUCCGUCUUGAUGAACUUGGAGUCGCGGAUGAUUCUAUACGAAGACAUUGGUCGCCAGUUGCUCACGUACGGUGAACGUGAAAGCCCCGACGUGAUCUGCGCCAAAGUCGACGCGGUCACAGCGGCCGACCUCCAGCGCGUCGUCCGGGAGGCGAUGGAGCACAAGCCAAGCCUCGUGUACAUGGGCAAGCUCACCGACUUUCCGAGCUACGACAACGUUGCCCAAGCCAUCCACCAAGUGUUCAACCAGCCAUCUCCGUCGCCGUAGCCGCUCGGUGUCGUAGAAGUUUGGUAGGUAUAAAAUGCAUCAUGAAUUCCCACACACACACAAUUCGCUGCGAGUGGCGUUUUCGAGACA